AUGUUCUUCUUCCUGCUCAACCUGGCCCUCAGCGACCUGGGCUCCAUCUGCACCACUGUCCCCAAAGCCAUGCACAAUUCCCUCUGGCACACCAGGAACAUCUCCUACUAUGGAUGUGCUGCUCAGGUGUUUCUGUUUGCCUUUUUCAUUUCAGCAGAGGUUUCCCUCCUGACCAUCAUGUGCUACGACCGCUAUGUGUCCAUCUGCAAACCCCUGCACUAUGGGACCCUCCUGGGCAGCAGAGCUUGUGCCCACAUGGCAGCAGCUGCCUGGGCCAGUGCCUUUCUCAAUGCUCUCAUGCACACAGCCAAUACAUUUUCCCUGCCCCUGUGCCAUGGCAAUGCCCUGGGCCAGUUCUUCUGUGAAAUCCCACAAAUCCUCAAGCUCUCCUGCUCACACUCCACCCUCAGGAAACUUGGCGUCAUUGUGGUUAGUGCUCUUCUGUUGUUCGGUUGUUUUGUGUUCAUGGUUUUCUCCUAUGUGCAGAUCUUCAGGGCUGUGCUGAGGAUGCCCUUUGAGAAGGGACGGCACAAAGCCUUUUCCACUUGCCUGCCUCACCUGGCUGUGGUCUCCCUAUUUGUCAGCACUGGCAUUUUUACCUACCUGAAGCCCCCAUCCAUCUCCUCCCCAUCCCUGAAUCUGGCAGUGUCAGUUCUGUACUCGGUGGUGCCUCCAGCCCUAAACCCCCUCAUCUACAGCCUGAGGAACCAGGAGCUCAAGGCUGCAGUGUGGAGACUGAUGAGUGGAUGCUUUCAGAAGGAUUAA